AUGCCCGCUGUGUUGAGAACGAGGUCCAAGGAAUCCUCUCUGGAGCAGAAGCCUGUUACCAGAACAAGAGCCAGAUCGAGAAGAGGUAAGCGUGGCCGUGGAGACGAUAAUGAUGAUGAUGAUGAUGAGGAGGAGGAGGAAGAGGAAAGUGACGGCGGAUAUGACGAAGUUGGCGGUAAUUACGACGAAUACGCGUCAAGAGCAAAGCUGGCCAACAAUAGGCCCUUCGAAAUAGUCGCGGGUUUGCCCGCUAGUGUGGACAUGCCCAACUAUAACUCUUCGCUCACCCAUCCGCAGUCGAUAAAAAACUCUGGGGUGCUUUACGACUCUCUGGUCAGCUCCAGAAGAACCUGGAUUCAGGGCGAGAUGUUCGAACUGUACUGGCGAAGGCCCAAGAGAAUCGCCAAUGAGGCUGCGCCCACCGCAGUGGAAAGCCUAACGUCCGGUGGAAUUCCCUUGAUACGAGAUAAGAUGCAGAAGAUGUGCGAUUGCAUAAUGAGCGGAGGUCCCCACACCUUUAGGGUCAGGCUCUUCAUACUGAAAAAUGACAAGGUCGAACAAAAAUGGCAGGAGGAGCAGGACUUGAAGAAAAGGGAGAAAGAAUUGAGAAGAAGGAACGACGCAGAGGCCAAGAGAUUGCGAAUGGAGGAGAGGAAAAAGCAACAACUGCAGAAGAAAAUAGCCAAGGAGCAAAAAUUGCAAUUGCAAAAGGAAAAUAAAAUGAGGCAGAAGUUGGAACAGGAGGCCUUGAAAUUGAAAAAAAAGGAACAAAUGAAAAAACUAAAGGAACAAAAUAGAAACAAGCAAGGUUCACCCUCCUCUUCCUCUUCCUCCUCCUCCUCCUCCAUGCAUGACCCAAGAAUGAUAAUGAAUUUGAAUCUGAUGGCCCAAGAGGAUCCCAAAUUGAACUCCUUGAUGGAAACCGUCGCUAAGGGUCUAGCCAACAAUGAUCAAUUAGAGGAAUUCAAGAGAUUCAUUGAGAUUGCGAAAAGAAGGUCCCUGGAAGAAAAUCCAAUGAAUAAGCGUUCUGCCCCCGCAACGGCACGCCCUCGAGCCUCCUCUAAAAGUAAAGAUGCACCGGGGGCAAACCGAUUAAACUCGAUAACUUUGGUAAAAAGCUCAAAACCUCCUGCCACAGACUCUGAACAAGAGAAGGAUGAUGGCGCUAAAACAGAGAAAAAACAGCCAAAAGAGGAAAAGACAACGGCUGAUCCAGCAGAAAUAAGCAUAAAAGUAGAAGAAGACGUCAAGCCAGAGAAUUCGCAAAAGAAAGAGGACGCUUCCACGGUACCGAAAAGGAAAAGAAGAAAGAAUGCAAUAAAGGAGGAUAAAGACAUGCAAUUGACUGCAUUUCAGCAAAAAUACGUUGAAGGUGCGGAGAUCGUUCUGGAAUACCUAGAAUUCACUCAUUCAAGGUACUAUCUACCCAAGAAAUCUAUAGUAGAAUUUUCGGAAGAUACGGGCGAGGUGCUACUAUCUUGGAUCGUCAUACAUAAUUCUAAGGAAAUCGAGAAAUUCAAAACUAAAAAACUGAAAUCCAAAUUGAAAGCUAACCAAAACCCGCCCGAGGGAGGCAUCAAGCAAGACUCCAACCUCGAGAAGGAACCAGACUUUAACCCUCUCUUUGAAGAGGAUUGUCCAACCCCAUUGUACUCCCCCAUGACGAUGAAGUUAUCCGGGAUUCAUAAAAGAUUCAACCAAAUUAUUCGAAAUAGCGUCUCUCCCGUGGAGGAAGUUGUCAGGGAAAUGGAAAAAAUUCUACAAAUCGGUACUAGAUUGUCUGGUUAUAAUCUAUGGUAUCAAUUGGAUGGAUACGACGAUGAAGCUUUGAGCGAAAGCUUGCGCUUUGAACUAAAUGAAUGGGAACAUACCAUGAGAAGCAAGAGACACAAAAGGUAA